GGUGCCAACAGCUACGGACAACUUGGUCUUGGGCAUAAAGAGGAUGUGCUGGUACCUCAGCCACUGAAAGAUGUUUCCUGCAAAUGUCAAGACGUUCAGAGCAUUACUGGAGGAGGGGGACAUUCCGCAGUUAUCACUGGUGUGGGAGAACUCUUUGUAUGUGGCCAUAACAAAGACGGGCAGCUGGGAUUGAAUCACACGGAGGAUGUAUCGCAUUUUACUUUGUGCACUGCUCUCUCUGGCUUUUGUGUAAAACAGGUUGCCUGUGGCUGGGAUUUUACAAUUGUAUUAGUAGGAUCCGGCCAAGUUCUGUCCUGUGGGUCAAACUCUUUUGGACAAUUAGGAGUUCCUCAAAUUUUGGGUCCAUGCUUGAUUCCACAAAAGAUUGAGUCUCUCAAAGAGAAAGUGGUGAGUGUUGCUGCAGGACUGAGACAUGCCCUUGCUGCUACAGAGAGCGGUUUGGUGCUUCAGUGGGGAACUGGCCUGGCGUCUCGGGCAAAGCGUGCAAGCCAAGGAAAAACACUCCCCUUGUUCUUGACAGCAAAGGAGCCCUGUAAGGUAACAGGCCUGGAAGAUGUAAAGGUGAAGGUAGUUGCUGCAAGCUCCUGUCAUUCGGUGUCACUCACAGACUGGGAGAAGGGGAAACAGAAUAGCUUUUCAUGCUGUAAUCUUAACAGUUUGGAAGUGUGGAAAAUAUAUUGAACCUUACAAAGACAAGCCUUUGCCAAACUUUAUAGGAACAAGUUCUUA